AUGGAUUUGGAAUGUGUUACGAAUACGUGUCAACCACAAUGUCGCAAUGCUGUUCUUAAUUUAUUCCAAAAUCGGUUAGGACGUGCAUUAUUACGUACUGAUAUUUCUUGCAUUCCCGGUAGAUACGAAUUAGAAUUGUGUAAUUUAGUGCCAAAUAAAUCACCUGUAUACUGUAAUUUGGCGAAGUUAGCCUGUGAAGCAGAUUUACUCUGCAGUUCACGUUACGGAAUUUUUGUUUCGGAAUGUGAGCUGGAAGCAACUCACGGAGAAUGCAGUCCGCGGUGCCAUGAUCUGAUGAAGGAUACAUUGAAAACCUCACAAGGUGCUGCAUAUAAUAAUUGUACAUGCACAGAUAAGGAUGACAAACUCUGCUAUCACCUCAAGGAUAUUAUAUUACGAUCUUGCAUAGCGGUAAUUAGCUUUUAUUCCAGCAUUGAUUUUAUAAUAAUUGCUUGGUCUUAUUUUAACUAA